AGGGAUUGAGAGGGGGAGGUGAAGGAUCCACUGCAAAUUUAAUCUGAAGCCGAGGACGCUGAGAAUUUCAAAUGUGAACAGUGCAUCGUUGUACCUGGUCAACCUGAGGGAGAGAGCAAAAUAUAUAUAAGAGCCGUUGGAGAAACUCAGCGCGUCAGGCAAAGGGAGAGAACAACAACGAAACUAGGGGGCAACCCUCGAGGAAGCGGGGAAGGAGACCCGCACUCAUUUGUACAACAGAUUACCAUUCCUUUGGAUUUAUCCGUAUUGGGUUAUGAGCGCAUCCAUUUUUAAUCGCCUCCUCUUUCUUUUCCCUUUUAAUGAUUUACGAAAUUGUUCCUGAAGGCUGGAUUUCUCCACCCGACCUUCCUCAGUUGACAAACUGAAAUUGUCGGUUUUUUCCGCUCGUUUUAGAGACAUUGCACUGGCGCUAGUUAACUCGUGGCUUGCAUUCAUUGUUGUAGAUGCCUGCUUCAUUCCUGGGGCAGAAGUAAUCUCGCCCAGGAUGGGAAAAGCAGGGAAGACAAAGCGGGGGAAGAGCCUGUAGGACCAGCAUCCCACGCAGAGACUGUGGGUCCCAAUCGUUCGGCGCUGGGGAGACGGAGGGCUGCAGAAGGACCCUGGGGAGACUAUGAUUCGGAGAUGAUGAGGUGGAAUGCUCAGAGCACAGCGCAGGAGAUUGGUGAGGAGACAGAAGAUGGCGCCAUCUAUACGAUAACGUUGAGGAGAGUGCAGGUACACCACACGGCGAGCAAAGGGCAGCGAUGGCUUGGGGUGGAGAGUGAGUCUGCCAUGAACCUGUAUGAAACGUGCAAAGUGCGAACCAUCAAGGCCGGGACCCUGGAGAAACUUGUGGAGUACCUGGUAUCGGCCUUUAAAGGCAAUGACUCCACCUACGUCACCAUCUUCCUCUGCACCUACCGGGCCUUCGCAUCAACCAAACAAGUGUUGGACCUACUGCUCAACAGAUACGGAAACUUGCACCAAAUGAAUGGAGACGUUUCCAAGCUUACACCAGAUGACAGGGUGGAACUGAAAAACACCAUUUCAUCCAUUCUCGGAGCCUGGCUUGAUCAGUAUUCCGAAGACUUCAGGAAGCCACCUGAUUAUUCCUGUCUGAAGCAUCUGUACUCUUACAUCCAUCAGAUGUUUCCAGGUUCGGAUCUGCAACGCCGCGCCCAUGUCCUCCUUGGUACAUUCCAAAGACACAAAGAGCUGGACCUUGUUGAAGAUGCCGAUCACUGCACCUUCACGAUGGUUGAGGAGAAUGGGUUUGAAGAGCCAAAGCCUGACUUCCUGUCCUUUCUUGCCAAUGUGGUGGCUGAACAGUUCACGCUAAUGGACGCGGAGUUGUUCAAGAAAGUAGUCCCAUAUCACUGCCUAGGAAGCAUCUGGUCGCAGAGGGACAAGAAGGGGAAGGAACACGUGGCACCAACAAUACGUGCCACUGUCACACAGUUUAACAGGGUUACGAACUGUGUCAUUGCAACUUGUUUGAGUGACAAGAGUUUGAAGCCUCAACAGAGAGCCAAGAUCAUAGAGCGAUGGAUUGAGGUGGCUCGGGAGUGCAGAAUCUUCAAAAAUUUCUCCUCACUACGAGCCAUCCUCUCUGCUUUACAAUGCAACUCUGUCCACAGGCUCAAGAAAACUUGGGAUGAAGUCUCGAGAGAGAACUUUCGGAUAUUCCAAGAACUAUCAGAAAUAUUCUCUGACGACAAUAACCACUCCCUGAGUCGUGAGCUGCUCAUCAAGGAGGGGACUUCAAAGUUUGCUACCCUUGACAUCAAUCCAAAACGGGCUCAGAAAAGACAACAGCAACAAAAGGAUCUGGGAGUCAUGCAAGGCACAAUCCCGUACUUGGGAACUUUUCUAACCGACCUGGUUAUGUUGGACACUGCAGUGAAAGACCAUUUAGACGGCGGUCUGAUCAACUUUGAAAAAAGGAGAAAGGAGUUCGAAGUGAUUGCCCAGAUCAAGUUGCUGCAGUCUGCCUGCAACAAUUACUCGUUCACACCAGACCGUCGGUUUGUGGAGUGGUUUCGGAGCGUGGGCAGGCUGACAGAGGCAGAAAGUUAUAAUCUGUCUUGUGAAAUUGAGCCGCUGGCAGAGUCUGCAAGCAACACUCUGAAGGCAAAGAAGAACACGGGCAUCAUUAAGCGAUGGAGCGACCGACAGACGCCAGCCACGGAUGCGCCGAGUUCGGGUGCCCAGUCCCGAUCCUGCGAGCAGCUCAAGUAUGGGCCAUACCUGGGUGGCGGGGACGCAGCAGACUCAGUCAGUGUCACGUCCGCCGGCUCCAGCAGCUCUGACGUGGAGGAAAUCAACAUCAGCUUCAUCUCCGAGUCACCGGAUUCCCAGGAGAAGAAGUUCUGGGAAUCAACAUCGCUGUCCUCAUUGGACACGUCUGGAAUCGGCUCAGGGUCAAGCAGUGCCUCCUCUUCCUCAGUGUCCUCCACACCCAUAACGUCCUCCAGGACGCACAAGCGCUCUGUCUCUGGAAUAUCCAGCUACUCCACACUAUCUCUGCCACUUUAUAACCAGCAGGUGGACGACUGCUGUAUCAUUCGGGUCAGUCUGGAUGUCGACAAUGGGAACAUGUACAAGAGCAUUUUGGUGACAAGCCAGGAUAAAACACCUGUAGUCAUUCGAAAGGCCAUGGCCAAACACAAUCUGGAUGGGGACAGGCCUGAGGAUUACCAACUGGUGCAAAUCAUUGCUGAAGACAGAGAACUGAAAAUCCCUGACAAUGCCAACGUGUUCUACGCCAUGAACUCUUCCGUCAACUAUGACUUCAUGCUGAAAAAAAGAGGACACUCAAAACCAGGAAAACCAAAACACGUUUCGAGCUCAACUCUCCCCAGAAUGAAACAGAAAGGACUGAAGAUUACAAAAAGCAUCUUCUAGCUUCUCUGAGUGGACCUGUUACCUGUGCUCGCUGGGCUCAUCCUAAUGUUAGAUAUAUAUAAAAAAAAUUCAGUGUUAUUGAUAAAUGUGCAAUAUUUUCUGUGACUAAGACUAUUGAAAGGCAUUAAACUUGGAAUGGAUAUUGGAAUUAUGAAGGUUCGGUACAAGGCAAGCUUGGGAUCUAUCCUGCUCCUUAGAACUGGGUGAGGGUUAAGUGCCCUUCAUUGUUGUGGUACGUCAAAGAGCAUGUGAUCAGUUGUCACUUGGAGCGAUGGUGGGAAUAUAAGAAGAUGGAACUGCCUUUCCAUGAAAUGGCUGAUCGAAGUAUAAGCUGCAGAGACACUAGUUCUCUAUGAAGUCUGUAGCAUUGUCCUUCAGCACCUGAUUUGCCCAGAGUGGGUAUUGAACACUAUUAAAACACUAAAUCUAUCAUCAAAAUAGCUAAGCUAUUGGUUCUUCAGUUAUGGAACACUUGCCCCUGUGGCUUGCCAAUGAACUACAGUCAUAAUGAAUCACAAGGUCCAACCUGAACUACAGGGAGCAAAGUUUAAAAGCUGGUUGCUCCAUGAUGGGUACGAGUGAUGAGUGACUUGUAAUCCUGUGAGGAGAGAUCCCCACUUUAAAGGCUGUCUGGCACCAGAAGAAUCUCUUGAUUCACAAUAAAUAUAACAGACAUCCUUCUUGAAGUUUAUCCAAUAAAAUGUUGUGGGGAAUUCCAAGAAUUUCAAUCCCACAUCUCUUUCCUGGAUGUUACCAAUCAGACCAAAGACUGAAGACAUCUAGUGUAUGAUACGGUGCAGAAAUACAUGGCCAAGAGUAGAUGAAUCAUUGUUAUAAUUAAGAAAUGAUUCUAUCAUAUUGGUUAGUUAAGCUGGAACUGACAGAAUUGUACAGUUAUAAUUUGAGCCAUUCUUCGGCUGAUACAGAAAGACCUUUGUUUUUUAUUUGCAAAUACUAUGAUUCAAUUUCAAAUGAAUUCUUUUUUUUUUAAAGUUUGUUUUGUACAAAAAAAAAGCACUUGAAUCUUUUUUGGGACAAUAUUUAUUCAUUGUACAGACAAUAUAUUGAUGAGUGGAAUUGUAAAUUUCUUACUGUUGAAUAUGAUCUAAUAUAUUGACUUGUUACUUGUAUGCAGUUGCUGUUUGCGUAAUGGGUCUUUUGUUUUGGUGAGAUGUGUUGUCUUUGUUACAUUUUUGUAUAUUGUAAAAAGAAAGAAGAUCAUGAAUACAGCUUCAAACAAGA